AUGCCUCUAAUCUCGCCGAGACCAACCCUUUGAAUUUUCUUCUUCCCUCCUCCUUUAUAUCUAUAAAUAUCUUUCUUUCUAUGCAUUUUCAGAGUGACUGAUCAGAUUCAGAGAUUACAUUUUGAAAUUUCAAAAAAAUGGGCGUAGCAGACGAUUCUUUCAAGAAACAGGGAGCUGUUCCUUUCAAAUGGGAAAUCAAACCGGGGGUUCCCAAGCACCAUAACCAACCUCCACCACAACAUUUUUCUCAAUCUCGUCGGACUACAAACCGCCGUUCUUCUCCAUUACCUGCUCCGCCGGAGAAGCUCCGACCACCUCCCUCCGGCUCAAUUUUCCAGCCUCCGAUGGUGGAGCCUCGUACUGGCGGAUCCUUCAGGUCGGCUCCUCGUACACGUUCGGAACGGUGGCGUUUCGAUGAUCAGCCGAUGAUGGCGAUGGUUCGGCGUCAGAGCGUUUCGGUGGCUGGAUGCUUCCUUUCUCCUCUUUUGAGGAGGAAGUCAAGCUCCAAGAAAGGGAGCUCCAGAGCAAGAGUGGAAUCGGAACCUGAUUAUGUCUCGGACCUUGAGACGCUGUCUCGGUGGUCGGUUUCCUCUCGGAAAUCUUUCGUCUCGCCGUUCCGUGAUUCGCCGUCGUCGUCUUCUUUCUCUUCUUAUCAGUCGUCCCCUCGGCCACCGAAUGACGCCGAGUGGGCUGGGUUCGGACUCUUUUAGAUUUUUUUAUUUUUUAUUUUUAUAUAAAUAGUAAACGGAAAUCAGAGAGCGAAGAUGGCGUUAGAGCCUCUCCAAUCACAGUAUAAGUCUGCCCUUUUUCAACAACAAAACAAUAGGCGGUUAUUAAAGUCUUCCAUGUAAAUUAUGAAGCAUAGAGACUUUUAAAGAAAAGCAGUCUCACUGUAUUCUCUCCUUUGUCUGGAAGGUUUUUUGUUUUCUUAUUACUGUUAUUAUUAAAGAAAAAUUAAACCUCAUAGAA